UAACUCUCAAGUUAUUGUGUGACCUACUGAUUCAAGAGUCAGUCGUGUUAAUAAAAACAAAAUACCUAUUGCAUUUUUACUUCAUAUUUAUGUAUUUGUAAAUCCGACGAUGUGGAAACUUAUAUGUAUAAGUUUUUGGACCUAUGUUAUAGUCCUUAUCGCUUUAACAGUACCACUGGAACUUGCGAAUUGAACUUAAUUGGAUUGUUACUGUCAUUUAAAGUUUUAAGUAAUAGAUUAGGAGCCGUUGUUGCAGAGAAAACCCGCAAGAGCAAUGAUAUUAUUUUUCAACGAGUGAUUAAUGCGGGCAUAAUUUUUGCGGGAUUUGCAAGCGUGUGUUUAUUUUUAGGAUGCUUUUAUUGCUAUUGGGUGCAAUAUUCGAAUCAUCGAUUGAGGAAAAGCUUGAAAGCAAUAGAAAAAGAGAUACAAGUGCAACAAACUAACAAAAACAACCAACAAGUUGGAAGGAAAGAAAAUAAAGAAAGUAGAAAAACAGACAGAUGUAAAACUAUGCCUGAAGAAGUCCGAGUCUCCGUUGUUUAGACCCAGUUGUCUUUAUAAAGCUAUUUAUAUUUCGUAUUAUAACAACAAUAAAAUUAAAAUGUUUAAAAUUGUUGCAAUUAUUAAAUUAUACAUUCAAAUUACACAGUUCAAACAAUCAGCGUCAUGAUGCGAGGCCAGUCUAUUUUAGUUCCCUUGCUCUCGUUCGGCGACCCAACUAAACAUUUCGCAAAUGUCUCAUACCUACUGCGUGAUUUUAAACUACCUAUCUCUUAUUUUAGUUUGCCUGUUUUGUGUCAAAGUGUACUCGUAUUGUUAUUAAAUACUUAAGUAUCAACACAUUAAUGUGUGAACGUAUAGUUUAGCGUCUAAGGUAUAUUAAGAAGCAUUAUUGUUGUAGUAUUUGUACGCCGCGUGUUUAUAAUGUGUCGUCGUGGUCAAAUAUUUUUUUGUGCAUUUCUUAUUAGUGGUUGGUGUGCUUUAACAUCUGCUGAAUUGUCAACGGCUGAAAGUAAUAAUACGAAUUGUAAUGAUGUCGGUGACUGCCCAUCAAUAGACACAGAUUGCAAGGAGAAAUGCGGUUGUGAUCGAAAUAUCCCAACUAGUUUUAAUAAAACGACCCAGGAAUGUACAGUAAACGUACAAUUGUUAAUCCUGUCAUUAAAGGAGAAAUAUAAUACGGAAGCUAAAAUUCGAGCGGAGGCUGAUAGACUAUUUAAAGGCGUCGUAGUUGCCGCCUUUCUUUUCAUUGCGUGUGCCAGCGUCUGCACUUUGAUUGCGUGCAUUUAUUGUUGCAGAAUUAAUUACACAGAUUAUCAGCUGAAGAAAAGUAUCAAAGUGCUUGCGAAGAAGACGGGAAAAAAGUCUCAAAUAAUAAAACCCGCCAAGGUCCCCACAGAACAAGUGGCACAGAGUUGCAAUGUUGUUGUAGAAGACGCCGGUAUAUUCUGUGUUUAAAAUGAAUAUUGUUUUGCGAUUUCCUAUUAUGAUUGGAACUACUUUACGAUUGUAUAAGUAAUUUAAAAAAACUGUUUUGUGUGAUGAAAAUGUUUUAAGGAAA